AACGGGGUUGGGCCGCGGCGGCGGGGCCGUGUCAGGCCGCCGUCCAGCCCCUCCCGUCCGGCUGCCGCCGCCGCCGCCUGGGCUUGCUUGAGGCGGACGGUGGGGUCCGGGCCGAAGGGGCCAGCGGGCAGUCAGAAGAUGGGUAAGAAGAGUCGAGUCAAAACCCAGAAAUCAGGUACUGGCGCUGCGGCCAGUGUGUCGCCAAAGGAGACCUUGACCCUGACCAGCGAGCUGCUGCAGAAAUGCAGUAGCCCGGCCCCAGGCCCCGGAAAGGAGUGGGAGGAGUACGUGCAGAUCCGUGCCCUGGUGGAGAAGAUUCGGAAGAAGCAGAAAGGUCUGUCUGUCACCUACGAGGGCAAGCGUGAGGAUUACUUCCCUGAACUCCUCAAAUGGGCCUCAGACAAUGGCGCCUCCUCUGAGGGCUUCGAGAUGGUCAACUUCAAGGAUGAAGGCUUCGGGCUGCGGGCCACACGUGACAUCAAGGCAGAAGAAUUAUUUUUAUGGGUUCCACGAAAAUUACUAAUGACUGUCGAAUCUGCUAAAAAUUCAGUGUUGGGGCCUCUGUAUUCUCAAGACCGGAUCCUCCAAGCCAUGGGCAACAUCGCCCUGGCAUUCCACUUGCUGUGUGAGCGCGCCAACCCCAACUCCUUCUGGCAGCCCUACAUCCAGACCCUCCCCAGUGAAUAUGACACCCCGCUAUACUUUGAGGAAGAUGAGGUGCGCUACCUGCAGUCCACUCAGGCUCUGCACGAUGUCUUCAGCCAGUACAAGAACACGGCUCGGCAGUACGCCUAUUUCUAUAAAGUGAUCCAGACCCAUCCUCAUGCCAACAAACUGCCCUUGAAGGAAUCUUUCACUUAUGAGGACUACAGGUGGGCUGUCUCAUCCGUCAUGACCCGACAGAACCAGAUUCCUACAGAGGAUGGUUCCCGGGUGACCCUGGCACUGAUCCCUUUGUGGGACAUGUGCAACCACACCAACGGCCUGAUCACCACUGGCUACAACCUUGAGGAUGACCGCUGUGAGUGCGUCGCAUUGCGGGACUUCCAGGCAGGAGAGCAGAUUUACAUUUUUUAUGGCACUCGGUCAAAUGCAGAGUUUGUGGUCCACAGUGGUUUUUUCUUUGACAAUAAUUCACACGACAGAGUGAAAAUCAAGCUUGGCGUGAGUAAGAGUGACCGGCUGUACGCCAUGAAGGCCGAGGUCUUGGCGCGCGCUGGCAUCCCCACCUCCAGUGUCUUUGCCCUGCACGUCACUGAGCUGCCCAUGUCGGCCCAGCUACUGGCUUUCCUGCGUGUCUUCUGCAUGACAGAAGAGGAGCUAAAGGAGCACUUGCUGGGCGAGAGCGCCAUCGACAGGAUCUUCACGUUGGGCAAUGCAGAGUAUCCCGUCAGCUGGGACAACGAGGUGCGGCUGUGGACUUUUCUGGAGGACCGAGCGUCUCUGCUGCUGAAGUCGUACAAGACCUCCAUCGAGGAAGAUAGAUCCUUCCUGAAGAACCGUAGCCUCUCAGCGCGGGCUGCCAUGGCUGUCAAACUGCGCCUGGGUGAGAAGGAGAUCCUGGAGAAGGCAGUGAGGAGCGCAGCCGCCAGCCGAGAGCACUACCAGCGCCAGAUGGAGAAGGCUGCCCCAUUGCCCAAGUACGAGGAGGGCAGUCUGGGGCUGCUGGAGGCUGGUGGGACCGACUCUCGCCUCCCACUGGGCCUGCGCAACCUGGAAGGGGAGGCCCUGACGCUGGCCGUCAGUCGGGCCCAGUCCACCGAGCAGCGGCUCACGAACGGGGACACCACCAUGCCCAAUGGGACUCGGCCUGGCCUGGAGGACUUGGCCCGGGAAGCCAGUCCCAGAGUAGCCGACAGUGUCUCCAAAGAUUCUUCUUCGGACGGCGCUGGUGGGCUGCAGGCCUAGCUCCAGGGCAGCCCAGUGCCACCGGCUCUCUGCAGAGGAAAAAAAAUCUGUUUUUGCUGCUUUAUAAAGAAAUGAUUUUUUUUAAGUUAUUUGAAAAAAAAAAUCUAGCUUCCCUUUUGGAUUAAGAUCUGCCCUUGUGCGCGCCAAGCAGUUAAAAAAGCCAGAAAAGUAAAGGGCAGGCGCAGGGGCCAGGUGCUGUGUCUCGUCUCGGUGGGCCCAGAGCCCACACUGCACUGCCAGCCAGGCAGCCCCAAUUUAUGCAAUGGGGGGCUGGGCUGGGCGGGGACAUCUUGGGCCAGAGCGUGCAUAGUGCAAACCUGCGUGAGGGCUGGAUUUUAGGAUCUAGCAGAAUCUCCAACCUUCCCCCCAAAGAAAAUAGCCCCAGCACCCACAGAAGGUAAGGGGCUACCUUAUUUUUCCUUGUUUUCCAUGUUGUUGAUAAGUUGGAUCCUUUCAACACAGCGCAGCUAUAGUGAUUUCUAAAGACUCGUUUUGCUUUUGUGUUCUGUUUUCGUGUACGAAGAACUUGCCUUUUCUCUCUAUCGGAAUCAAAGUGGAGCCACAUGCACGUGGAUUGGGCUGGGGAGCAGGAAGGGGCCCCACAGAUUCCCCCCUGCACCCCAUGGCCUGUGUCAAGGAUCAUGGCAAGGCGGCUCCCGGCUUUCCUGGUUUUCACAAGCUAGAAAUUUUCCAAGCGACACUUUUGAGUAAAAAGCUUUAUUAAAAGGAAAAAAAAAAAA